AUGGGUGUCUGCUCUUCCUGUCUUGGGGGUGGUCGUCGAGACAACACCGACCCUGAAUCUUCCCGGCUUCUCGAAGACGACAUUUACCAGCCAGGCUAUGGCUACGGCGCACUCCACAACGGCCAACAAGCCAACCAGCCCGAUCCCGGCUACGUCAGGCGAGAGCGCGAGGCCCUUGAAGCCAUCUGCCAGCGGACUUCAGACUCCGUAAUCGACAUCUGGUCCCUCCAACCACAACCGCAUCUGCAACCACAAGCAACCCUCCACAACUCCGUCUCCUCGUCCUCAUCGAAAGCCCGCGAUCCCUCUGUCAUAGUCACGACAGUCGAUCCCGACGCACCGGGCGCCGCAUCGCCGAAACGCGGCGCUAUCCCGAAACACUGGGGUGAGGUGGUGAUCAACCCGCGCAAGGGCAAAGGGUCGCGACCUGGGUCUAGCGCCAAUGAAGCCGGUGAUAAGGAUGUCUUCGGUGUCUUGAAGGUCCCUUGA